CGUGCAAAGCUGUGAUUGGCGAGGUUUGAGGGAGGGGCGCCCCGCCUAGAAAUUCAAAUAGGAGCGGCUUGUUACCAGAGGAAGUAGAAUGGACGCGGGCGUCUCGGUGCGGCCGAGGCGGUGUGAGAUGGUUGCGGCGACCUCAGGGGUCGGUCGCAGCCGCCUCAGCAAGGUGGGAGCUGGCCGGAGCCCCCCUCCAGCCCGGGUCAGGGUGGCCGUGCGGCUGCGGCCCUCUGUGGAUCAAGCGGCCGGAGAGAAUGAUGGUCCCUGUGUGCGAGGCCUGGACAGCUGCUCGCUGGAGGUGGCCAACUGGAGGAACCACCAGGAGACACUCAAAUACCAGUUUGAUGCCUUCUAUGGGGAAAGGAGCUGUCAGCAGGACAUCUAUGCAGGGUCAGUGCAGCCCAUCCUCAGGCACCUGCUGGAAGGACAAAAUGCCAGUGUGCUUGCCUAUGGGCCCACGGGGGCAGGGAAAACCCACACGAUGCUGGGCAGCCCCGAGCAGCCCGGUGUGAUUCCCCGGGCGCUCAUGGACCUCCUGCAGCUCACGAGGGAACAGGGUGCUGAGGGCCAGCCCUGGGCCCUCUCUGUCACUAUGUCCUACUUGGAGAUCUACCAGGAAAAAGUGUUAGACCUACUGGAACCGUCCUCUGGAGACCUGGUGAUCCGUGAGGACUGCCGGGGAAAUAUCCUGAUCCCCGGCCUCACACAGAAGCCCAUCACGAGCUUCACUGACUUCGAGCGGCACUUCCUGCCAGCCAGCCGGAACCGGACUGUGGGUGCCACGCGGCUCAACCAGCGUUCCUCUCGGAGCCAUGCCGUGCUCCUGGUCAAGGUGGAUCAGCGGGAGCGCUUGGCCCCUUUCCGCCAGCGGGAGGGGAAGCUCUACCUGAUUGACUUAGCUGGCUCCGAGGACAACCGGCGCACGGGCAACAAAGGCCUGCGGCUGAAGGAAAGCACGGCCAUCAACACCUCCCUCUUUGUUCUGGGCAAGGUAGUGGACGCGCUGAACCAGGGCUCCCAGCGCGUGCCCUACCGGGACAGCAAGCUCACCCGCCUGCUGCAGGACUCUCUGGGGGGCUCCGCCCACAGCAUCCUCAUCGCCAACAUUGCACCUGAGAGACGCUUCUUCCUAGACACAGUCUCUGCGCUCAACUUUGCCGCCAGGUCCAAGGAGGUGAUCAACCGACCUUUUACCAACGAGAGCCUACAGCCUCCGGCCAUGGCGCCUGUUAAACUGUCUCAGAAGGAUCUGCUAGGCCCAUCCGAGGCAAAGAAAGCCCGAGGCCCUGAGGAGGAGGAGGUCGGGAGUCCUGAGCCCCCAGCAGCCUCUGCCUCCCAGAGACUCAGCCCCCUGCAGAAGCUAAGCAACAUGAACCCCGCCAUGCUGGAGCGCCUCCUAAGCUUGGACCGCCUUCUUGGCUCCCAAGGAAGCCAGGGCGCCUCUACACUGAGCACCCCAAAACGAGAGCGGAUCCUGCUCAUGAAGACAAUGGAGGAGAAAGAUCUGGAGAUCAAGAGGCUUAAAAUGAAGCAAAAAGAACUGGAAGCCAAGGUGCUUGCACAGGAGGCUGUAGAUGCAAAGGAGAAGGAGAACUCUCUCACGAUGCUCCAACCUCUCGCCCGCCGCACAGUCACUGUGGCCAAGCCUCUCAAAAAAGCCGUAGUGAUGCCCCUACAACUGAUUCAGGAGCAGGCAGCAUCCCCGAGUGCUGAGAUACACAUCCUGAAGAAGAGAGGCCGGAAGAGGAAGCUGGACUCCCUGGAGCCCGAGGAGCCGGAGGAGAAGGGUAAACACAGCUGGGAGCUCCAGAUCAGUUCAGAGCUGAUGGCCCUUGGGCGCAAGAAAAUAUUAGAUCUGCUGAACGAAGGCUCAGUGCGGGAUCUGCGAGGCCUGCAGCGCAUUGGCCAGAAGAAGGCCCAGCUCAUUGUGGGCUGGAGGGAGCUCCACGGCCCUUUCAGCCAGGUGGAGGACCUGGAGCGCGUGGAGGGCAUAUCCUCCAAACAGAUGGAGUCUUUCCUCAAGGCGAACAUCCUGGGGCUCGCUGCAGACCAGCCCUGCGGCCCCUCCUGACUGCCGGACCUCCGCUCUCUGCCUUUUUAUUUCUAAUUGUGUAACCGCGUGUUUUGUAAAUACAGUCUAUACUCCCAA